AUGUUACCUGAAACGGACGAUUUAGAAACCGAGGUGACUCACGCAUUCCACUGGCAUAUCACUGACUGGAAAGCGCUUGAACCACGAUGCCACAGUCCCGUCUCCAUGGCCGGUAACUUCCCUUGGCGUAUACUGUUAUUUCCAAAGGGCAACAAUCAGAACAAUGCCAUAUCGCUAUACCUCGAAGUCGCAGACAGCGAUGCUCAAAAACUCCCAGAAGACUGGCACGUUUGCGCUCAAUUUAUGCUUGCCAUAUCUGAUCCCAACGAUCCUACUGUCUUUUUCACUAAUGCUGCGAAUCAUCGCUUUUCCGCUACUGACGUGGAUUGGGGUUUUACACGGUUCUAUGAGAUCAAGAAUCUUACUCAGGGAGUCAACGGCAAAGGUCCUUUCCUUAUCAACAAUCAGAUGGAUAUAUCUUUCUUCAUCCGCAUUGUAAAAGAUGAUACCGGGGUGCUGUGGCACAAUUUUGUAAACUAUGAUUCAAGGAAAGAAACAGGGUAUGUCGGUAUCAAAAAUCAGGGUGCAACGUGCUACAUGAACUCGCUACUGCAAUCGCUGUACUGUACCAACCAGUUCCGAAAAGCAGUGUACCAAAUCCCCACCGAGAAAGAUGAACCAACCAAAAGUGUAGCCUUAGCACUGCAACGUUGCUUUUAUAAUCUUCAGUCAUCCAAAUUACCGGUUGAUACGACCGAACUGACAAAGUCAUUUGGCUGGGAUUCAUUGGAAGCCUUUAUGCAGCAUGAUGUACAGGAGUUUAAUCGUGUUUUGCAAGACAAUUUGGAACUGAAAAUGAAGGGCACACCAGCCGACGGCGCCAUUUCGAAAUUGUUUCUUGGCAAGAUGAAGAGCUAUAUAAAAUGCAUCAAUGUGGAUUAUGAAUCAUCCCGUACUGAGGAUUAUUACGAUAUCCAGCUCAAUGUGAGAGGAUGCAAGAGUCUUUACGAUUCUUUCAAGGAUUAUGUGACAGUCGAAACGCUGGAAGGAGAGAAUAAGUACAUGGCUGAAGGGUAUGGUUUGCAAGAUGCGCAAAAGGGUGUGAUUUUCGAAUCCUUUCCUCCAGUCUUGCACUUGCAGCUGAAGCGUUUCGAAUACGACUUUAUGAAGGAUACAAUGAUCAAGAUCAAUGAUCGUCACGAAUUCCCCAACGAAAUUAACCUUGAUGAAUUUGCUUCCUCCAACGCAAAGGAAGAUGGUCCAAACACUUAUGUGUUGCAUGGUGUGCUCGUACACAGCGGUGAUGUGCAUGGUGGCCAUUACUUUACGUUGAUCAAACCUGCAAAAGAUGCGGCGUGGUUACGGUUUGAUGAUGAUCGUGUGACCAAGGUGACCGAAAAAGAGGUGUUUGAAGAAAAUUAUGGCGAUGAGCCUCAUCGAACCCCAGGAGCCAUGAAUGGCGCACCACCUUUCCUCAAUCCAGCCAUGAAAACGAGUAGCUUCCGAAUGAUGAGAAAGUUCACCAAUGCAUACAUGUUAGUCUAUAUCCGAAAAAGCAAGGUGGAUGAAAUUCUGGGGCCCGUGUUGGAAGACGACAUUCCUCUUCAUCUAAAGGAAAGACUAAACGAGGAACGAGCCGCCGUUGAACGACGUAAAAAGGAUCGAGAAGAAAUGCACCUUUAUGCCAAAGUAGCGGUGGUUACUGACGCCACAUUUGCGAAUCGGCAAGAAUUCGACAUUGCCAUGUUCGACGAUCGUCGUCUAGAGACUUCGCCCGAAGUCGAUAUUUUCAAGGUCCCUCGUACGGAAAAAAUCGUAGUGUUCAAACAAAAGAUCAUUGAGCACUACAAGAUCAAUCCGGAAAAGUUUAGACUGUGGACGAUUGCGUAUCGAAGCAACGAAACCGCACGCGUCGAUCGACCAUUGACACCGACGGAAGAAAGAAUGUCAUUCGACAAGUUGCGAGAAGCAAUGAAUGGGUACAAUCAUCUGGGGGGAUUUGCCAAACUGUACCUGGAGAUCUCGGAUUUCAAAUUAUCCAACCAUGUCAAGCCAGGGUAUUCCAUUGUAUUUCUCAAAUACUUUGAAGUCAAAGAGCAAAAGAUGCGUGGACUUGGCAAGCUCUAUGUCAAAGACAAUGACAAGAUUGGAGAUAUUAUUCCCCAAUUGGUUGAAAAGGCGGGUCUCGAAAAAUCCACGCCCAUCUCGCUGUACGAGGAAAUUCGUCCUUCCCGAGUCGAUUUACUGAAAACCAAACAGACAUUUUCGGCAGCCGAUAUCCAACAUGGAGACAUUCUUUGCUUCCAAAUGGCACUGUCGGAAGAGGAGGCCAAGCGAUUGCGCGAGGAAGGUCGUUAUGCGACGGUUCCCGAGUACUUUAACGCCCUAUACAAUCGAGUGAUGGUUUUAUUCAAACCUCGAUUCGAUAAAAAUGCUCGAGAGGAAAAGAUGGUGUUGAGCCGACGUACCACUUACAUCAGGACGGCUGAAAAUUUGGCCAAGAUUCUGAAUGUGGAUGCUGGAAAGUUGCGGUUUUCUACAGCGCACUCGGUGACGGGCCAACCAAAGGAGGCUUUGUCGUACCAACCACGAGCGACGCUGGAAGAGCUGAUACCUUCUAUGCCCAGUGCAUCCGAAUAUGCUCAUGCUGUUUCGCUCGAGUCUAUACCGCCUCCUGUUCUUUAUUAUGAGGUGAUGGACAUCAGUAUUGCCGAUUUGGAAACAAAGCGGUCCAUGAAAUUGACGGUUUAUGGUCCUACGCUUCGUGAUGAAUCGACCAUUACUGUCCUUGUCCCGAAAUCAGGCAUUGUAUGCGAUCUUGCGACGGCCACCGAAGCCAAAUGCAAAUCGAACAACACUCAAGCCGACCGCGUCCGGUUCUAUGAAGCCAUUGAUGGAAAAAUUUCCAAGGAAUUCACAAGCGACCAGGGUAUCGAUCAGUUGGGAGACAAACGGGCGACUCUGUAUGCUGAGAGACUCACCCAGGAUGAGUUGGACAUGGAUAUUGACAACGAUCGUUUGAUUCAAGUUGUCCACUACAACAAAGAUCCCGCACGGUUCCAUGGCAUUCCAUUCCGAUUUAUUGUGAAAAAGAAUGAGCCGUUUAUUGAAACCAAGAAACGCUUACAAAAGCGGUGUGGCAUGAGCGAUAAAGAGUGGGCCAAAGUCAAGUUUUCCCUGUUAAAGAAUGUGAACGCGUUGGAUCCUGAAGUGAUACCCAUCGAAAAAGACGACUUUGAUUUACGUCAAAGUAAAUUUGGUGACGAAGAUGCACUUGGACUGGACCAUGUCGACAAGACUUCCAGAGGUGUUCGUUUCGGUGGUCUCUUGGAGCGCGGCAUUUUCAUUCGUGGUUAA